AUAGGACCAGCGAUCAUCUAACGGCAGAGCAUCAAAGGAACACCGUCGUUACUUAUUAUACGUACCACAAUUUUAUCAAAAUUUUGAUCACCAGUCCUAGAAUUGCCGAUAUCAGAAACCCUAGCUGUAGCUGGUCUGGGUUUUGUAUUCCAUUUCUUAAAAUUGGAAUCACAGUAGACAAUGUUUGAAAAUUCUAGCUCAAAUUAAAGCUUGUUAAUCUCGAGAUUGAUUACAGUGGCGGGUAUUUCCAUGGAAGCUGGAGGAGGUAGCAGUGAAAGCCCAACUGAGCCGAAAAAAGGCAAAUCUAAGACUCCAAGAAAGCCCAAAGAAAGCAUUCUCAAGCAAAAAUCUCCAGCGGAGUUCUUCGCAGAGAACAAGAACAUUGCUGGCUUUGAUAACCCAGGGAAAUGCCUGUACACUACAGUGAGAGAACUUGUUGAAAAUUCGCUUGACUCAGCUGAGUCCAUAUCUGAGCUUCCCGUUGUAGAAAUUACACUUGAAGAGAUAGGGAAAAGCAAGUUCAAUUCAAUGAUUGGUCUUGUUGAUCGUGAGCGUGUUGAUGAGGAACUUUAUGAUGAUUAUGAGACAGCUAAGGCUCGUGAGAAAAGAUUAGCAAAAGAAGCUCGUGCUCAGGAAAUACAAGCAAAGAAUGCUGCACUUGGGAAGAAAGUCAGGGAACAGUCAGCUGCAAAGGGCGUGAAGGGUCGAGGUGAGGCUUCAUUUUACAGAGUCACAUGCAAGGAUAAUGGAAGAGGAAUGCCACAUGAUGACAUCCCAAAUAUGUUUGGACGGGUCCUGUCUGGAACAAAAUAUGGUCUCAAGCAGACGCGUGGGAAGUUUGGUCUUGGUGCAAAAAUGGCAUUGAUAUGGUCAAAAAUGAGUACUGGGCUUCCUAUAGAGAUCUCAUCAUCAAUGAAAGGCCAAAACUAUGUUUCAUUCUGCAGGCUGGAUAUAGAUAUUCAUCGGAACAUUCCUCAUGUACAUUUACAUGAAAAACGGAAGAAUGAUGAUGGGUGGCAUGGAGCUGAAAUUCAAGUGGUCAUUGAGGGAAAUUGGACAACUUAUCGUUCCAAGAUAUUGCACUACAUGCGACAAAUGGCAGUUAUCACCCCUUAUGCCCAAUUUCUUUUCAAAUUUAUAUCAAAUACAUCUGAAAAAAACGUAACUAUAAAGUUUGCGAGGAGAACAGACGUAAUGCCACCUGUUCCUCUUGAGACAAAGCAUCAUCCAUCGUCUGUUGAUUUGCUAUUGAUCAAACGCCUAAUUGCAGAAACUUCAAAACAGAACCUUUUGCAAUUUCUUCAGCAUGAAUUUGUAAAUAUAGGAAAAGCGCUUGCUGAACGAUUAAUUGGGGAAAUGGGUCCAGAAUUUAGCCCAAAAAUGGCUGCUAAGUCUCUGACUGAUCAGCAGAUAGUUCGGAUCCAUCAGUUGUUUCGUCAAGCCAAAUUUGAUGACCCUACUGGUGAUUGUCUUAGUCCUGCAGGCGAAUACAAUCUUCGUCUUGGGAUUAUAAAGGAGCUGCAUCCAGACAUGGUUGCCACUUAUUCAGGCAGUGCUCAAGUUUUUGAGGGGCACCCCUUUCUUGUGGAAGCUGGUGUCAGUGUUGGCGGAAAGGAUGUUAAGCAUGGUUUGAAUAUUUUUCGGUUUGCAAACCGCAUUCCUCUGCUUUUUGAGCAAGGUGCUGAUGUAGUAACCAGGACCGCCCUUAAGAGAAUCAAUUGGGUUAGUUACAAGAUCAACCAGAUGCAAGAUAAGAUAGGAGUAUUUGUAAGCAUUGUGAGCACAAAAAUACCCUUUAAAGGGACUGGAAAAGAGUAUAUUGGAGAUGAUAUCACUGAGAUAGCUACUGCUGUCAAGUAUGCCAUCCAGCAAUGCUGCAUCCAGCUAAAAUCGAAAAUUAUGAAGAAAAUGCAGGCCCGUGAACAACAGGAGCGUAAGCGAAAUUUAAGCAAGUACAUCCCUGAUGCUACAGGUGCUCUCUAUGAUGUUCUGAGAGAAAUGGCGCAGUCACAUGCAUCGAAGAGGAGAUGCUACGAGGAAGAGGAUGCUGAGAUACUCAGAAAAGUAUCAGCAGGUUCGAUUACGAAAGACACACUCAGAGAAAAGCUUGCUCAGCAUGUUGAAAAGGUGGACUAUGAAAUGGCUUUGGAAUAUGCAACACAAAGUGGAGUGAGUGAGGAACCUAGGGAAGAUAUAUAUAUCCAAGCACUGGAAGUUGAAAAUAAAUUCAUUGAAUUUCACAAUCCCAUCUUUGUUUUCAGACUUAUCUCUUAAGAAUUGUAGGACAUUCUUUGAUUAUCUAGGACCAUUUGCUGGUCCUCUAUAGGUUUAAAAUUGUUGUUACACAUAGCACAGGUCAUUACAUUAUUUAAUCUUGUAUCCGAUGAGAGAAACUAGAGCCUCGAUGUUCAGAGUUGAAUUGUAAUCUUGCAUUUGAUUGAAAUUUGAAGAAUUAUUCUAUUCAGUAUUGGUGCUUUACUAUAAAUCAAGUGGAAGAAACUGUAAGCAGAGAUUCAUCAUA